CGAUUACAUAUUUUCUGCGAAAUUCAAAUUAAAAUUGACGACAGUUUUGGCCUUGAAAAUGAUUAAGAUUUAUUCUACAAUGAGUUGAUACAGAUUAUUGUUAAGCAAUGAUAUUUUAUCAUUUAUUACUUUAUUGGUUUCAUGUCUGUUAAUUUACUGUAAUAUUCACAGACAGUGCAGUGGCUUAUUUUUAAUUGCUUAUUGUGCAAUGUUUAAAGAAUGUUGACAAUAAAGUUUGAACCGGUUAAUUAUUAGACGAUUGUGAUGUAUCAUUUUCAACUAAAACAUUCUUUUAAAUCAAUUUUUUCAAGGCAACACUCUAUAGUUAACCUAACUUUUUAUAUGGUCAUGAGCAGUAUUCCGAAAUAUAAAAUUUGGUCACCAUUCAAAGAACUGAUGGAUGAAAUCAAAGAGGAAAGCUAUGGUAUCCUCAUUCUCAAUAGUCCCAUCAACUUCAACUUUGAUCCUGAGUUUGUUUUGCGCUUGUGGAAUCAAGCUAGAGUGAAGAUUACAGUGGACGGAGGUACUGAAAAAUGGAUUCAAUGGCUGGCAUCCUAUAAAUUUGACUCAGAUAAAGUUCCUCUGCCAGAUUUGAUCACGGGCGAUAUGGACUCCGUUCCCAAAGAUGUUCUGAAUAAGUUUCGAGGUACUUCGACGGAGAUUAUCAUAACACCUAACCAGGAUGAGACUGACUAUGUGAAAGCACUGAGAGAGAUGAGGAAAUACUGCACAAGACAGAAUGUUAACGUGGAGACCGUGUAUGUAAUUGCAGACACCUGUGGACGUUUUGAUCAAAUAAUAGCUAAUAUCAACGCUUUAUACAAGAGUCGAAAUAUUUUGGAAAAAGUGAAACUUUUCCAGCUAGCUUCCACAUCUCUGACUUGGCUCUUGUGCGAAGGGCACCACGAAAUAAAUAUCCCCUUGAGUUUGCGAAGCAAUAGGGAAUGGUGUUCUCUCAUACCUAUAGGAUUUCCUUGCAAUGUGACUACCACCGGGUUACAGUGGAACUUAGGUAAGCACGAAAAAUGUGUAAGUACCAAGUAGUCUUAGAAAAGUAAGUUGGUGAAUGAGGGUUGUCAACAUUUUUUGAUGUUAAUGUAUGAGUAACUUUUCAAAUCAGAGUUUGUCAAUUCCUAAACGGAGACAAAUUUUGGUUUCAGAAACGUAAAGUACCUGUACAAUUCAUAAGCACUUGUUAAAUACUUUUUUUGCUAGAUCUUUUUUUAUAGCUUUUUUUGAUAGCCCUUUUUUUCAUACCUUAUUUGAUAGAAGCUAAAACUGGAAUCUCUGGUGCAGAAUAAAUCCAAAACAUGCACUUCCCCAUCACCAGAAAUGCGUGUCUGGAAGAGUAUUGCAUUUUUGGUGAUUGAGAAAAGUACUUGCGUUGUACUUUUUCUGAUAGUAGCUGUUUUUGAUAGCCUCUCUUUCUGAUA